ACCAGAGAAAGACGACCAACAGCCACCAAAGAAAGACGACCAACAGCCACCAAAGAAAGACGACCCACAGCCACCAAAGAGAGACCCUAAGUCAAACAAAUGUAAGACUAAGGAUGUUUUCAAGAAGACCGAAGUACAGUGGGUCAAUGAGCUCUCUCUCACGGCACAUGACAGAGAGAUACUACUCGCCCCAACAGGCAUGCUGUCUGACAAGCAUGUGGAUGCUGCAAUGAUACUUUUAAGUGGCCAAUUCUCCAAAACAUCUGGGUUGCAAUCGUCACUUAAAGUGCAGUUUCGUCUUGGUUUUCGCCCAAUUGAUUUGGACAAGCGCACGAGGGUUCAAGGAGUGCAGAUACUGUUUGUGCCAGAACGUCAUCACUGGAUCCUGACAAGUUGUAUUGAAGGCAGUGUCUAUGUGUAUGACAGCCUGCAGACAGGCACUAAGGAAUUUCCUAGAUCUGUAGAAAAUCAACUACUCCAGCUCUACCAUCCCACACUUAGUCCACCACAACGUCAAGCAAUUGGUUUACUGGCAGAGUGUCCACCUGUCCAACAACAACAAGAGUCAUAUGACUGUGGCCUAUUUGCUAUUGCAUGGGCAUACCACCUCUUAGUUGGAGACUCUUUAAACACGCUGACACUGGACCAGCAAAAACUCAGACGGCAUUUGGUAAGGUGCUUUGAAAAGAAGAAACUAUCAAGGUUCCCAAAAUCAAGGCAGGAGACCCCUCGAAGUGAGAUAGUGUGGGUAUCUGUAGUAGCUUCGUGCUACCAGUGCAUAAGGCCUGACUCGUGGAACGACAUGGUGCAGUGUGAUGGCUGCGACAGGUGGUACCACAUGAAGUGUGCACGUAUAAAGAAAGCUCCAUUCAGUGACUGGCACUGUAAAGACUGCAAAUAG